AUGAGCUCCGUCAUCUCAAAAGAAAUAAAGUAUAACCCAGUUACUGAUAAGUUAGUUACUGUUGCCGCCGGUUGUUUCUGGGGCACUGAGCAUAUGUAUAGAAAGCAUUUUAGUGCGAAGAUUGAAGAUUGUAAAGUUGGCUAUGCCAAUGGGAAAGAAACUCUAAAAGACUCUACAGAUUCUAUUUCUUACCAAAGGGUGAAAAAAGGGGACACUGAUUUCGCAGAAGUUCUACAAAUAUCGUACAAUCCUAAAAAAGUUACAUUAAAAGAAUUGAUUGAUUUUUUCUUCAGAAUACAUGAUCCUACCACUUUAAAUUCUCAAGGCCCAGAUUUAGGUACUCAAUAUCGUAGUGGCUUGUACGCUCACUCUGCUGAAGAUUUGGUUGAAUUAAACAAUCUAAAAAAAUCAUGGCAACCAAAAUGGAAUAAUAAGAUUGUAACUGAAGUAUCAUUAAUUAAGAACUUUUAUACUGCAGAAGAUUACCAUCAAACUUAUCUAAAUAAAAACACUGAUGGGUAUGCAUGUCCUACUCAUUUUUUGAGGAAUAUUUAA